AUGUCGGACGUCUACCUCCCAGAAUUCAAUGCCGACAAGCAGCCGACCGUUCUUGACAAGGUGGUCGGUCUCCCAGAUGCCCCCAUCCACGCAGAGAGACAUAUCAAGGUCAUUUGCAUUGGGGCCGGAGCCUCUGGCUUGCUCUUUGCCUACAAGUUGCAGCGAAGCUUCUAUAACUUCGACUUGACCGUUUAUGAGAAGAACGAGGAUAUUGCCGGGACAUGGUAUGAAAAUCGAUACCCUGGAUGUGCAUGCGAUAUCCCCGCCCACACCUAUGUCUGGUCUUUCGAGCCCAAGACCGACUGGUCGUCAGUCUACGCCGGCAGCUCGGAGAUUUACCAGUAUUUUGACAACUUCUCACGCAAGUAUGACCUACGCAAAUACUGCAAGAUGCAGCACCAGGUCAUCGGAGCCACCUGGGACGACGACCGAGGAGUUUAUAUCGUCAAGGUCAAGGAUUUGGCCACCGGCAAGGAGACGAUUGACUACUGCAACAUUCUUAUCAACGCCGGCGGCAUCUUGAACGCCUGGAGAUACCCGGCCAUCCCGGGCCUUAACAAGUACAAGGGCACCUUGUUGCACACGGCCGCCUGGGACAACUCUGUCGACCUGAGCGGCAAAGUCGUCGGCCUCAUCGGUAACGGGUCGUCUGGGAUCCAGGUUCUCCCCACCAUCCAGCCUCAUGUCGACAAGGUCAUUACUUUUAUCAGAGAGCCCACUUAUGUCUCCCCCGUUCAAGGAUUGAGCCAGCACGUCUACACCGCCGACGAGAAGAAGAAGUUUUCCGAGCAGGAAGGGUCGCUCACCUCGUACAGAAAGCAGAUUGAACGUGAUACCAACAAGCUCUUCAACCUGUUCAUCAAGGAUACGCCCUCUCAGAACGAAAACCGAGCUUACAUCACCGGCCUUAUGAAGGAGAAGAUCGCCAAUCCUUACCUCGAGGAGAGGUUGAUCCCGGAAUGGUCGCUCGGAUGCCGAAGAUUAACACCCGGUAUUGGCUACUUGGAAAGCCUUUCCAAGCCCAACGUUGAAGUGGUCUACGGCGAGAUCACCGAGAUCACCGAAAAGGGCUGCAUCUGCGACAACGGCCAGGAAUAUCCCGUCGACGUCCUCAUCUGUGCCACCGGAUUCGACACGUCGUUCCGCCCCCGAUUCCCGGUCAUUGGCCCCAACAAGAAGAACCUCCAAGAUGUCUGGGGCAAGCAGCCGCACUCAUACCUGGGUCUUGCUGCCGCCGAAUUCCCCAACUACUUGGUUUUCUUGGGACCCAACUGCCCGAUUGGCAACGGACCCGUGUUGAUCGCCAUCGAAGCCCAGGCGGACUGGAUGAUGAGCGUGAUCGACCGCUACCAGACCACCAACAUCCACUCCUUUUCGCCCAAGCAGGAGGCCAUUGACGACUUUAUCGAGUACAAGGACAAGUUCAUGCAAAAGACCAUCUGGUCCGAGCCCUGCCGCAGCUGGUACAAGGGCGCCGAGAUUGACGCUCCCAUCACGGCUCUCUGGCCCGGCUCGACUCUGCACUACCUGGAGGCCCUCAACCAGGUCCGAUGGGAAGACUUCAACGUCCGGUUCAACGGCAACCGCUUCGCCUGGCUCGGCAACGGCUACAGCCAGACGGAAUUGGACCCCUUGGCCGACACAGCCUACUAUAUCCGCGAGAAGGACGACAGCCCCCCGGCAUCGACGCGCGCCAAACGGGAGGCUCUGACGAGAACGGGCGAGGUCGGAUCGACGGCCGGUCCAAGAGUCGGUCCACCUCAACAGCAGGCUCAUCUGUAA